CAGUGCGCAUAUUCUGAAUUUGUGGCAUCAUUUCAUUGUUCGGUCUGUUUUCACAGACUUCGCUACAUUUGGGCAAGAAUUGGCACUCCUCUCUUUGCUCAAAGUUACUUAAUAAAUCUUUUGCUUUUGGGCGUUCUAAUUUUCAGUGUUGUGUAGCUUCCUACAGCAAGAGUCUUAAAAUGGAUGCUGUUGUGCUGCAACAGCUUAACGGAGACAUUUUAAGCAGCCCUGAAAAUGGCAUUUCAGAUCCAAAUGUCAAAAAGCGAUUGUCAGUUGAACGGAUUUAUCAGAAGAAAACUCAGUUGGAACAUAUACUUCUGCGGCCUGAUUCCUAUAUUGGUUCCACACUGAAAGAUACUCAGCAAAUGUGGGUGCUAGACGAGAGUCAGCAACAUAUGAUUUGUCGUGACAUCACAUUUUCUCCUGGUUUGUACAAGAUUUUCGACGAAAUACUAGUGAAUGCUGCUGAUAACAAAGUCAGGGAUCCUACCAUGUCGUGCAUAAAAAUUGACAUUAACCCCGCUGAAAAUAUGGUCCGCAUAUGGAAUGAUGGCAAAGGAAUCCCGGUUGUUCACCACAAAGUCGAAAAUGUCUACGUCCCUACGCUGAUAUUUGGGCAUCUUCUCACUUCAAGCAAUUAUGACGAUACUGAGCGAAAAGUGACGGGUGGAAGGAACGGUUACGGCGCAAAAUUAUGUAACAUCUUUAGUAAGAAGUUCAUUGUAGAAACAUCGUCCAAGGAAUACAAAAAAAGUUUUCGGCAGGUAUGGGUUGAAAAUAUGACAAAGACAUCUGAACCAAAAAUUUUAGCAGAUAAAGGGGAUGAUUUCACCAGCAUCACAUUCUAUCCUGACCUUGCGCGUUUCGGUAUGAGUGAGCUAGAACCGGAUACGGUAUCUCUUUUUACUCGCCGGGCAUAUGAUAUGGCAGCAACUUGUAAUGGAGUUAAAGUUUUCCUUAAUGGCAAAAGAUUACCAAUAAAGGGUUUUGUGGACUACGUAAACCUUUUUAUUAAACCCAAUAAAGAUGAUGCAGAAAGUGUCAAGGUUGUAUACGAAGCAGUCAACCCACGUUGGCAGGUAGCAGUGGCGGUUAGCAACACAGGCUUUCAGCAGGUCAGUUUUGUUAACAGCAUCGCAACUACUAAAGGUGGGACACAUAUUACUUAUGUGAGUGAUCAAAUUGUUAACAAGUUAAUGGAUAUCGUUAAAAAAAAGUCUGGAAAAUCCGGUGUUCAAAUCAAACCUUUUCAAAUAAAGAAUCAUAUGUGGUUGUUUGUUAACUGUCUAAUAGAAAAUCCUACGUUUGAUUCGCAAACAAAAGAGAAUAUGACUCUUCAGAUUAAAAGUUUUGGGUCUACGUGUGCUCUAAGCGAAAAGUUUAUUGGACAGGCUUCAAAAUCGGGUAUAGUUGAAAAUGUACUUUCUUGGAUUCGCUUUAAAGCAAUGGAAAAAAUGGACAAACAGUGUCACAAAUCCAAACAUUCUAAGCUCAAAGGCAUCCCAAAAUUAGAUGAUGCGAAUAAUGCAGGGACUAAAAAUUCAUCUCAAUGCACCCUUAUUCUAACAGAGGGUGAUUCGGCCAAAACUUUGGCCGUGGCUGGUCUUGGAGUCGUUGGUAGAGACAACUAUGGUGUCUUUCCUUUAAGAGGCAAACUACUAAAUGUUCGCGAGGCAUCUAACAAACAGAUUAUGGAAAAUGCAGAAAUUAAUGCACUAAUUAAAAUUCUUGGAUUGCAAUACAAGCUGAAAUAUGAGUCGAUGGAUACACUGAAAGAUUUACGCUACGGCAAGAUAAUGAUUAUGACUGAUCAGGAUCAGGAUGGUUCUCAUAUUAAGGGUUUAAUAAUAAAUUUCGUUCAUUGUAACUGGCCAAAUUUACUGAAACACAAUGUAGUGGAGGAAUUCAUUACUCCAAUCGUGAAAGUGUUCAAAGGGAAACAAGAACAGUCUUUCUAUAGUUUACCAGAAUUUGAGGAGUGGCAAAAAUCAACUCCAAACUGGCAUACCUGGCGUGUAAAAUACUACAAAGGUUUGGGUACUUCAACAAGCAAAGAAGCUAAGGAGUACUUUUCUGAUAUGAAUCGUCAUCGGAUUCGAUUUCGCUACAGUGGGGAUGAAGAUGAUGGGAGCAUUCAGUUGGCUUUCGACAAAAGUAAGAUAGCUGAUCGUAAAAACUGGUUGACCAACUUUACACAAGAACGUAAACGUCGACGGGAAUUAGGUCUUCCGGAGCCGUAUUUGUAUGGGAAAGAUACGCGAGCUAUUACUUAUCACGAUUUUGUUCACAAAGAAUUAGUGUUGUUUUCGAAUUUGGACAACGAAAGGAGUAUUCCAUCUGUUGUAGACGGGCUAAAACCUGGACAAAGAAAGGUACUGUUUACUUGUUUAAAAAGGAAUCUUAUCAGAGAAAUUAAAGUUGCUCAGCUUGCUGGUUCCGUUGCUGAGCUCUCGGCUUAUCAUCAUGGUGAACAAUCCCUCAUGAGCACUAUCAUCGGGUUGGCUCAAAACUUUGUCGGAUCGAAUAAUUUAAAUUUACUCCAACCAAUCGGUCAGUUUGGUACACGACUCAGUGGAGGUAAAGAUGCUGCGUCUCCUCGUUAUAUCUUCACUGCACUGAAUUCACUUACACGACUUAUUUUCCAUUUGGAUGACGAUCCUUUAUUAAAUUAUCUAUACGAUGAUAAUCAACGUAUUGAACCAGAAUGGUAUGCUCCAAUAAUCCCUAUGGUCCUAGUCAAUGGAGCAGACGGUAUCGGAACUGGCUAUGCAACACAUAUUCUCAACUAUGAUGUUACAGAGAUAAUAAAUAACCUUUAUCGCAUGUUGGACGGUGAAGAACCUCGUCGUAUGUUACCCAGCUUCCGAGGCUUUACUGGUACCAUUGAGGAUUUAGGUAGUAAUCGUUACGUUUGUUAUGGAGAAGUUGCUGUCUUAGACGAUGAUACCUUAGAGAUUACUGAACUGCCUAUCCGAACCUGGACACAGAACUACAAAGAAUCGGUUUUAGAGCCAAUGUUAAAUGGUUCGGAAAAGGUUCCUGCUUGUAUCACAGAUUACAAAGAAUACCACACAGAUGUCACUGUGCGAUUCGUUGUCAAAAUGUCUCCUGAAAAGUUGCGGGAAGCUGAAUCUACUGGACUUCAUAAAUUCUUCAAACUUCAAACGGUUAUGAGUACCGGUUCAAUGGUGUGUUUUGAUCCUUUAGGCUGUUUAAAGUGUUAUUCCGAUGAAAUGGUUAUUAUCCGCGAAUUCUUCGAAUUGCGUCUUACAUGGUACGAGAAACGGAAGAUCCACUUGGAAGGUGUAUUGUCUGCAGAGGCUAAGAAACUUGAAAAUCAAGCUAGGUUCGUUCUUGAAAAAAUCCAGUCUAUUAUGGUGAUCGAAAAUAAACCAAAGAAAGAAUUGAUUCGUAUGCUUAAAGAAGCUAACUAUGAUUCUGAUCCUGUUAAGGCAUGGAAAGAAAGCAUAGAUAAAGUAGCUGCCCUACAAGAACAAGAAGAAGCUCAUACAGAUGCAUCUACCUCUCAAACUGAAGCUGUUGAAGCUGGUCAACCUGAUUACAAUUAUAUUUUAAAUAUGCCACUAUGGAGUUUGACCAAAGAACGUAAAGAUGACUUGCUCGCUCAAAGAGAUGCUAAACAAAGAGAAUUGAGCAUUCUGAGAAGUAAAUCUCCUUCUGAUCUGUGGCGUGAAGAUCUUAAAAAGUUGGAAGAAGAAUAUAAGAAAGCAGAGGCAGAAUUAGCUGCUGAUGAACGUGCUGCAAUUGAAGCAGCUGAAAAGAAAUUAAAAAUAGCAUCGGCUACAACAGCUGGUCGUGCUGCUGCUACAAAGUCACGUAAAUUAGCAACGGAAACAAGACCAGAUCCAAUGGGUAGACGAGUUGUUCCAGCAGUAGAUGCUGAUAUAAUGAAGAAGGUGGAAGGAAAUAAGAAGAAACGAAAUAAAACAGAAAAUGAACUGAAUGAAGGUAACGAGCUGGACAAUAGUUUCGAAGUAAAUGAUGAAGAAAAUGAUGCAAACGAUGAACCUAAACCGCUCAUUCAACGUCUUGGUGUUGCUGCGAAAACAGAUGUACAAAAGACUGCUGUUAUGCGCGGACGCGGUAAAGGGAGAACUGUCCCGACAAGUCGUCCAAAGCCUCAGAAACCGUCUAGUCCAAACAACAGUCAAGUUAAACGUAAAAAUGUGGGUGGAAAUACCAAACGUAAACGUACUGGUCGUAUGCCAUGGGAGUCUGGCUCUGACAGCGAAGGCUCUGCAAGUCACGCCUCUUCUGUUGAUAGUGAUAAUGACUUCAUUUCCCCAAAUUCUGCCAUGCAUUUAUCUUCACUACAUUGUGGUGAAAGAUAUUUGAAAUGGCAAAUUCUUCUUAUAAGUAUUGUCAUAAUUGUUUGUUUACAACAAGAUUUCAUAGAAAGUAAACAUCACCAACAUAAACGACAUAAAGAACAUGGAAACAAGUGUAAUAUGAUCAAACAUAAAUGUCUGCCGCCAAUAUACACAUAUGGUCCGUGUUACAGAGGUGUUAGUCUAAAGAAAGUCGUCGUUUUUACAAGGAAUCAUGAUUGUGUUUGUGUACCAUUUGUCUAUAAGUUAAUGAAGCAAUGUCCAUGUGGUUCACCUGCAAAAAUAAUUUACGCAUGUCCCAAUAAAAGAAUAGUAAAAAGUUAUGUUUAUCAGAAACGAGUUAAUGGUAGAUGUAAAAAGUUUCCAUUGAAAAGGAGGCAUGUUAAAAACUGUACCAUACGUUAUAUAUGGAAAAAGACUGAAUCAAAAAUCAAUCGAAAGAAACGAUCUGCUCAAUUACAUACUUCAAGUGGUUCCAAAUGUGGUCUUAAUCAGCAUUACGUACCAGAGCGCAAUCCAUGUCCAGAAACAUGCGAAGGAAAAUUUUUCGGAGUAGAAUCAAGAUGUAACCAUCUCAUUUCGGGUCCUGGGUGUGAAUGCCUUCCCGGUUAUAUGAGGGAUGGUAUUUUAUGUGUGCCUCCAAGUCAAUGUGGCUGUUUAGAGUCCGUUUGUAUUGAUCGCGCACCUACUGAAAAAUGUAAACUCUGGAGAGCUGAAGGUCGAUGUUACAAAGACAAAGCGAUUAUGCAACGAUUUUGUAGGGCAACAUGUCAGCGUUGUGAACGACCGUGUGAAGAUCAAAUAGCGACAUCACAAUGUGAACUGAUCAAGAGACGCGGCGAAUGCAGUAUAGGUUUUUACAAAGCGAUGUGUAUGCUCACUUGUUCGCAACAAAACUGUAGAUGUCCUAAAUGUCAUAUAGAAAGUGGACCUUGUCACCCAAUUACGAAAAAUAUUGAAUUACGACACAUAUGCUAUCAACUUCAAAGCAACGGUAGUUGUAAAGCACUAAUCACAAGAAAAUAUCGACCAUGUGGAGACUGUCCCGCAAGAAUUUUGAGAAUUCCAGGGAAAUGUAACUAUUGCAAAGGAUCUCGUGAUGUUGUUAUACGUACAUAUUUUCGUGAGGAAAUUGGUUUGAAACGAUGUCUAAUGAUUGAACGUUCACAUGAAGAAAAAUGCGCUUGUGAGCAGAUAAAUUUAAUGCUUAAAACGUGUCAAGCUAAUAAAAUUCCAGUAAUUAAAACCAUGGUUCGAGUACAAACAUCAUGUGAUAAAUGUGUCCACAGAAAAAUUAAUGUUCUUGGCAAACCUAUUGAAUGCAAAAAAACAUGGAUAAAACGGGGUAAAUGUGAACAGACACAUCCAGGACAAAUUGGUCUUACUAGAAAAGUGAUUUAUUCCAAGGAAGUUGCCAAAAAUUGUAAAUGUCAGUUAAUAUCUCAUGAAGAGACAGAGAUAUGUGGUUGCCCCCGGACUAAACGUUCUAAUCCUUUCUGUAUGACCGAUCGAAAUCAGUUGGCCAUAAAAAUUACUUAUUAUAAACCGAAUAGAACUCAUUGUCUAGAAUAUACGAAUAUCAGUUGGAUUCCGAAAUUGCCUUGUCCACCAGCUGAUCAAACUUUAGUAACCAAAAAUCUAGGUCGAUUUCAUUGUAAUCCUGAGACAUGUGAACGUACAUGGAUUGGAAGAACAUGGAUUCAUGAGCAUUGUAAAUGUAGACAAGUUGAUGUAAAUCAUCCGGCAGGAAAAUGCUGUUGUCCAAAACCUGAAAGUAGCCAAUCUGACUGCCAAAAUGGAUUAUCUGACGUUACGAAUAUUACUUACAGCCUUGUGAAUGGUGAUUGUAAACGUCAUGUCUUUCGAUCAGUAGUACGAUGUUAUUGCCCAAAUUCUGAAAAUUUUGUCAAAUGUGAUUCAGAAAAUGGAGUAAAGUUAUUUGGGACAAUAAAGUAUGAAAUACAAAAGGAUGGAACUUGUAGAAAAGUGGAAUUAAUAGAGAUGCGUAAAAUAAACUGUAUCGACGAAGAUAUCAGAAGAAUUUCCGACUGCAACGUCCGAAUUACAGAGGAUAAUAGAGUGUAUCGUCAAUUGUUAGUGGUGAGGUCAAAAUUAAAACGAUGUGAAUGUACAACUGUUAAGCCUAAAGUUCACUUGGAAGCUUGUAUUUGUCCGGAAGCGCAGACUAAUGUUGUGAAACAGAUCAAACAGUGUCCGUCUUGGUGUUUUAAUGCAACACCAGAAACUUGUGACCAAAGAUGUCAAAAUAUUUUCAUAUGGCAAAAAUUUGUUUACGAUUCUGAAAAUCCUGGACGUUGCAGAACAGAAAUAUUGCAAAAGGUUAUCAAACCAUGCUGUUGUAAGCGUUCAAAACAAAUCCGACAGUUAUGCAGUGAAGGUGGGAAAACGUUGAUAAUUGAAAGUGAAGAAAGAUUAUGGAAGGAUGACCAGUGUAUUAAGAAAGUUAAACGAAUCCAUCAACCUAUUCAGUGUAAAAUUGGACUAUUAAAAGAAACGCUAACUAAUCCACAAAAACAUGGUAACCGAUUUAUACAAUCAGUAUAUGGAUAUCGAGAACAAUGUCAAUGUAAAAUACGUGUCGAGGAGAAGUUGUGUAACCAAUCAUGUCCGAAACCAGUUUACGAAGUGGAAUGUGAUUCAGCGUCACGCGAACUAUUGCACAAGCAAACAGAUUAUGUUAACAUUGCAUGCAGUUGUCGAGCAAGAAUAUAUAAACGAAGAACUAAAGUUUUUUGCCCACAGUAUACCACUUUGAUUUCAUCUUAUUGUUCGCCAAUAACAAGCAUGGAGACAAACACUUAUAAAACUCAUUUUCAAGACGGAUGUCAAUGUAAGGAGAGUGUUAUAGUUAAAACAAGACGUUGUGCUUGUCCAAAGGAUCGUAUUAGUGAGAAACAAUGUGAUGCAUCGAACAAUAAAUUAAUUUCCAUUAGAAUACACUACGAAUUAUUGGAUGGUAACUGUUUACCUCAAAAAGAUGUCAUUGAAGAACCAGUUAGUUGUGAUGAACAGAUGAAAAUGGAAAUUAGACGAAAUAAUGGUAGACAAUCACGACAGUUAUUAUGUCAUAGACCUACUGGACUUGCACAAAUUGUUACUCAUAUAUGGGUACCCAAGAACUGUAAAUGUGUUCGUGCGAAACAAGUUAUUCGAGAAGGAUUGUGCAAUUGCCCGAAAUCAUACACUUUAAUGCACUGUGAUAGUAAAAUGAAUGCAUGGGUUCGUAAAUUUAUUACUUAUAGAUUAGAUAAAGAGAAUCUCUUAUGUCAGAGACAUGUAACUUAUAGAUCUGAACCAACGUUUUGUCCCCCACCUACCGUAAAGUGGAUGCCAUGUGAUAUGCAACAUGGUACACGACAGUUAAUUUUAAAUUUCUAUAAACGAAGUCAUUGUCAUUGUAUAAAACAAGGACAAAUACUGGCUAAACCAUGUGGAUGUGCAUUAAAACCAUCAAAGACAAGACGUAAAUGUGAUCCUAUUCAAGGAAUUUUGCAGGUAAUAAUCCAUAAAUAUGAAUGGAAUGAUAAAUCAAAUGAUUGCGUUAAAGUUGAUCAAGUUAAAACGGUACCAGUUGUUUGCCGACCUCGAAUACGCAUUGUGCGUGGAAAGUGUACCGAUGGAAAAUUGGUAGAAACCUUCGUUGAAAAUAUUCCCGAUGUAAACAACUGUACUUGCAUUCAACGGACUAGAACAUACAAUCGUGAUUGUCGUUGUCCAACAGAAUAUAUUCGUAUUGGAAACUGCAGUGAGAUUCAUGCUUAUUGGAAAGAAUUAGUACUAGAACGACGUUGGGAUGAUCAUCAACAGAAGUGUGUCGUCGUAAAAACUAUGAAAAAUAAAUACUUCUGUCAUUGUCCGCCUACAAAAGUAAAUACAGAAUGUAACAAUGGUGUCGUGAUUCGAACAGAAGUUUCUUUUAAAUUGAAUAAAUUGACAUCAGUCUGUCAUCAGUUUGUCAGACAGUUUCGAUAUAAACCUGUGUGUAAAGAAACUGAUGGAUUGAGCAAAUCAAAACAAUAUCAAGCGCUGUUUUAUAGACAUCUUCAAACUAAAUGUGAUCGUUCCACAUGUACAAAAAGUUUGGAAACUUAUGCCAAUGAAUAUAAUCCAAACACUUGUAAAUGUGGUUGGAAAUUGGUCAAUAAGAAAAGGUGUACAUGUUGUGGUUGUCCAAAACCUCACUUGUCCUAUUUAUGUGAAAAUGAUAGUUUAUUAAUUGUUAGUAUCACAUAUUACACGACGAAACAACAUCGAUGUGGUCAUGAAUGUAUGAGACGUGUGCGAACAGUUAAACAUCAGAUAACGUGUUCGAAUUAUUCUCCUCCACCACAAGCAUAUUGGAGUCAGUGUGAUAACAGAACUUGUCAACAAUCGUUCAUCACUUCAGUAUACACUGUCAAGAAUUGUCGAUGUUUACUGACGAAAAAAGUCAUAGACAAACGUCCUUGCUGCUGUUUAAAAGAAGAGGAAAAACAAACAAUCUGUAAAAAUGGACAAUUAGAGAUCUAUACACAUAGAAUGGUUUUAGAAAAUGUACGGUGUGUAAAAUCUACUACAAAACAAACAGUUCCGAUUGUUUGCUCGAAAUCAGUAAAAAUUAAAUAUGGAGAAUGCAGACCACAAACAUGUCGGCGACCACUAUUUCUAAUCACAUCGGUAGUUGAUCCAGAUAAUUGCAAAUGUAAAAAACAACAAACCAUUAAAGAAGAGCGCGAAUGCUGCUGUCUUGGUAAACCCCAAGAACAAAAAGAAUUUUGUGUUGGAAACUGUAAAAUAGUUGUAAAGAAACUGUCUAAAUUUGAUAAAGUUAAUGAACGUUGUGUCAAGGAAAAUUUUAUUCGUCGUAAUUGUCCUAAAUGUCCAAAACCUCAUGUACUAGAAGGUGUUUGUGAUACUGCUGGUACAUGUCUCAAAACAAAUCGUCUUAUCAGUUAUACCAUUAAAAAUUGUCAAUGUCAACCUGUCGAACAAAUUCGUCAUGAACGUUGUUGUUGUCCAGGACCAAAACAGUUGGGAAGCAAAUGUCUCGAAGAUAAAGGAAUUAUUGAGAAUAAAAAUAUUUACUACCAAUUAGAAAAUGGUCAUUGUGUAAAACGUGAAACUAUUGAAAAGAAACAAAUCUCAUGUCCUCAAACAAUUCAACAAAGUCAACCUGAAGAAAAUCAAUAUUGUGAUCCUAGCUCAUGUCAACGAAUUGUAACAACUUAUCAGUGGAAUAGAAUAGGAUGUAAAUGUAUUCGACAGAUAAUCACUACUCCAAAAUUAUGCUGUUGUACGCAUCGUAUACCUAGAGUGAAAAGCAUUUGUUUACCAGACGGAAGUUAUAAAGCAAUCACACAACUUUGGAAAUUAGACAAUGGACAAUGUGUCAAGACAAGCGUUGUUAAGAAUCUACCACCGCCUGUAUGUAAACCACAAGAUGUGACACCGAUAGGCCCAUGUGAUAAAACAACUGGAAAACAAUCAGUUUUAAUAACACGAUCUAUAGUUGAAGAAUGUGAAUGCAAGAUAGUAUACAGAGAGAAACGUGAACGAAUAUGUGCCUGUCAAGCUCCAACGGUUCAUGUAAAGCCGUGUGAUCCAAAUACCUGUCUUCAGCAAAUCACCAUAACAAAAUGGGCAAUUGAAGCCAAAGAUAAAAAAUGUCAUCGUUUACAUCCUGACAUUAAAAUGCGUCCAUGUUGUUGUCGACGUGAAGUCAUGAAAAAUAAUUUAUUCAACAAGUGUAUUCCUGCUAAUGGACAAAUAGAAAUUACUAAUCGUACAUAUUAUUUCAAUCCACAAAAAGAAUUAUGUGAAUUUAAAGAUGUAAAAACAUUUGUGAAUCUCGUCUGUCCAACUGAAGUAGAUAUUGUUAAAGGCAGUUGUGAUAUAUACAAUGGAAUUGCUUUGGAUAGAAUAACAUCUUGGAAAAAGUUAAUAUCUCAAUGCAAAUGCGUACAGACAACAAAUUACCGGAAACGUGUAUGCUCUUGUAAACAUUUGAAUGAAAAAGUGAAGAACCCUAUCUGCUCUAAACAAGCCAAUAUGUUAUUACAAAAGAAAGUAAUAUAUGAACUUCAAAAUGAAAUCUGUCAGCCAAAAGUAAUUUGGAUGAAGAAAGAUGUCGUCUGUCCAAAUAAGGAAAAUGUCGAUGUCAAAUGUGAUCCUGUCACAUGUAACCAGUUAACCAUCAUAAGUUGGUUCAAGAAUAAUGGAUGUAAAUGUGAGAUACAACAAAAGUUUAUUCAAGGAAAAUGUUGUUGUCCCAAACCAGUUGAAUAUCGUGAAUGUCAACGUGGUGGAAGUUUGUUAAUCAUUAAAAAAGUAUCAUAUAUGUUGGAUGAAGAUAAAGGGAAGUGUGUAAGUCAAAUAGAUCAGUUGCGCAAGGUUGUGGUAUGUGAUAUCCAUGGUCCACGAUUUAUCAAACGUGUAUGUGAUAAACAAACCUGCUAUGUUGCUACAAUUCUAUUGAAAACUGUUCUUCAAAAUUGUCAUUGUCGUAGAAUGAUGAAAAAGAUUAUUCAUCGGAAUAUACGAUGUUGUUGUCCAAAUCCAAGAUUCCAAGAAAAAUGUCAUCAAAAUUACGGUAUUCUAUCACGCAUAAUGUAUCGUUAUGAGUUAUUCAAAAAACAAUGUAUUACUAGGAAAUUUGUUGAUGAGAACAAAGUUGUGUGCCCCGAAGAGAAAGUCACCCGAGGUCAGUGUGAUGUUUACACAAAAGUAAGACCGGUUCAACGACGUUCCUAUAGUUUAAUUGGCUGUAGAUGUCAGCUGAAAAUUGAUUCAACAUUGGAACCAUGUACUUGCCCAUUGCCAGUAAUACAUAAAGAGAAUUGUACAGCAGGAAAGCGUUCUCGUAAAGCGUGGCGUAUUGUUUACAUCCUUAGAAAAAAUAAUGAAUCUGGAAAAGUGACUUGUGAUCAAGAAAAAGAAUAUUUAUAUGAAGAACCAUGUCACUGUGACAAAGAUAAUCGCAUCAAUGAAUCUUGUCAAAAUGGUGUUCGAGUUGUGCAUAAAGAAACUAACGUAUUUAGCCAAUCACUGGGACGUUGUGUGAAAUCGUUUGUACGUAGUGUUCAUCCUGUAGUAUGCGCAACCAAGCAUCAAGUUGUCAAAUCCAGUGGAUGCGUUAUUGAACGUCCAGAUGGAAUUUAUUUCUCCGAAGAAAUACUUUGGGAACAAGUAGUUAAUUGUAAAUGUGUCAUUAAACGUCGUCAGAUACUGCGUUUAUGUGCAUGUCCCAAACCCACAAUUAAAAAGCAGUGUUUAGACACCGUAAAUUUAGCAAUUUAUAAAAAUAAAUUCGUGAAUAUUGGCGGUCAAUGUAUUCCGGAUCAAGAAGUUAUCACUACUGAAACUCGCUGUCAAGAAAAAGCUCAAAUAAUUGACCGGUCAACAUGUGAAAAACAACCGUUAGAUAAAUUUGAUUUAAGUAAACCUCCUUGUUUAGAAACAUUAAAAAUAAGUGUACCAACAGUGGUGAAUUGUCAGUGUCAAUUAAAAACCAUACAAAUUCAACGUCGAUGUUGUACAAGUCCACCGAAAGUGAAACAGAUAUGUGAUCCAGUCAAAGGUCGAUGGGUGAAAGUAGUUGAGAGUUAUGUUCUGUCUACUGGAUCGAUAUUAUUUAAAAGAGAUGAUUUAAUUGUAUAUGAUCAGAUACAAAAGGCGACUAGUGAACAACAAGAUCAAACGGUUGUAUGUCCACAAUCUGUGAGUUAUGAAAAUUGUGACAGAAGAACUGGUUUAUUAACCAGCGUCAAAACAUACUAUAAACGGAUUGGAUGUGAAUGUAAACCAAUCAAAGAAAUUAAAAGAGGAAAAUGUGGUUGUCCACCAAGAAGACAAUGGAUUUCACAAUGUAAACAGAAUUUCCGUAUUCGUCGAACAAUUUCCUAUACAUUUUUAAAUGGUACAUGCAUACGACAACAACAGUUUGGUAAACAACGUUGUGGUUGCCCAAGUCCCAUGAAUCGUAUUUAUUGUGAUGGUGAUGGACGUUGGGUGAAAUGCAAUACACAAUAUGUGUAUAAUCCUAAAACACAUGCUUGUCGACUAUUAAAACAUUGUGUACGUUGGUAUGAUGAAUGUCCUCGGCCAACUAAUCGUGCUGUCACACAGUGUAAUUUACAGACACAAUAUAAACAAUUAAUUCAAUAUGUACAUUUUACAAAGAAUAAAUCUACUUGUAAAUGUGAUGCAAUUGUUAGAAAUGAAUGGACAGAAUAUUGCGGAUGUGAUCAUUUAAAUCGAAAAGUUCAUCGAUGUCUCAAUCACAACACUCCAAUAGUUGAUUACUUAAAGUAUACAUUGAUAAAGGGAGAUUGUGUACCGAAACGUUUGAAGUAUUUUACUCAACUGAAUUGUCCGAGAGCAUUCGCACAACACUAUCCGUGUAAUAAUGAUCAGGAUUCUCCAGAUCGUGGUUACAGUAUUAGUAAAAUCAGAUAUUUCGUUACAGAAAAUUGUCAGUGUAUCCCAAAAGAGAAAAUUAUACGUAAACUAUGCAACUGUACUUUAAUAUAUCCACAAAUGGUUUUCAAACGAUGUUACAAUAAUAAUCGAUUACUAAUAAGAAAAAAGUUUUCAACAUUAGUGAAUGGUAAAUGUUUGCCUAGUGAAGCUGUAUACAAGAAACCAAUAAACUGUCAACCACUGAGACGAAUCAGUGUUGGUCAGUGUCAAAUUGGUCCAGAUGAUGUUGGAAUCCAACGUAUUGAUGAAUUACGUCUCACAACUAUAAAAUGUCAUUGUAAAUGGAGAAUAAAGCGCUCACAUAGGAAAAUCUGUAAGUGCCCGGACCCGGUGAAAAAUGUACAAUGCUACAACAAUGGUCGUCAGAUGAAGCAAAUUACUACUAUAUACAGUUUGGAUGACAACAGAUGCAAAGCGUCUGAACAAGUGCUGGAGAUCGAUCCAUGUGCACGUGUGAAAACAGUUUUCAGUCGUAGGCCAAUGUUUCAGAUUGGAGAGUGUAAUCCAGUAACAUGUAAAGCUAUACGUGUGGAUUAUCGAUUUUUCGUAGAGAAUUGUCAAUGCAAAACUCAGAAAAAAGUUACAAAUGAAAUGUGUUGUUGCCCUAAACCAAUAACAAAUCAAACUAUUUGUGAUCCAAAUACAAAUAUCAUCAUACAUAAACAAAUUCAUUAUUCACUUAUUGUGCCAACCUUUAAUACAGAAGCAUUUAAAUCAUAUUGUCAGCCGAGAAUUUCACAAAUUUCCGUACAAGUGAAAUGUGGUGAAAACUUACAACGAAUUCGUAUUAAACCAUGCGAUGGUGAAUAUCAUAUUGUUGGUAUAUUAAAGCCAAUAGUUGAAAAUUGUGUUUGUAAACAGAAAAUAAUACAUAGGCAGAAAAUAAGAUGUGGUUGCCCGACUGCUGUGCGUCAUGUUCCUGGAAAAUGUAUUAACCAAUGGGCUGUACACAAAUGGAUAGGAUUAAACGCUGUACCAACUGGCAUUAAUAAUUCCUUCCAGAUUACAGAGAAAUCAUGUAAACCAGUAGUAAUGGAAGAAAGACGUAUUCGUUGUUCAUGUCCGCCUAUGCAAGUGUUCAAAAAAUGCUUGAACCACAGUUUAUUGGUCAUUCAACGUGUAAACUAUAAAUUAAAUAAGGAACUAAGCAAUUGUGAAAGGUAUAAUACAAAAGAAUUUAAGCAACUGACUUGUCCUAAAACACAAAUAACACAGACUUCAUGUGGUAACAAACUUGAGAAUUAUGAACAAGUUGAAGUAAUAAAAUACUGGCAACCAAAUCAGUGUAAUUGUCUAAUGAGAGUAAUGAAAAAUAAAUGGAUUUGUAAUUGUCACGCACGUUAUCCAAAUCAGGUGAUAACAAAAUGUUUGUCAAAUGGCUAUCAACGUCUUACAAUAACAAAAAUAUGGUUUAAUCAAGGUAGACAGUGUUUGAAUAGAACGGAGAAACAUACAGAAACCAUAGCUUGUUCGAAAAAUUUAAGAAUUAUCAGGGGUCAGUGUAAUAGUACUGGACACUUAGAAUUAAUUUACCUUCAACAGCAACCUCAGCAUUGCCAAUGCGUUUGGCAGAAACUAACUAAAUUGCAGCAGCAAACAUGGGGACUCAGACAAACUGAAGCAUGCAAAUGUCGUCCUAGCUUUAUAAUAAAACGAUGCCAUGAAGCUAACAACAAUCAAACAGCUUAUUUACUUAAAAUAUAUAUUAAAUAUAUUCUACAUCAAGGUGAAUGUCGUAUGUAUCAUAAAUUUGAGAAAAAUCCUGUAGUUUGUCAAGUAGGUAGUCAGUUACAAAGGUCUCAAUGUGAUCCGAUCAAUAAUGAACGGCUUGAAACUAAAAUUGUAACAAGUCUACAUGGUUGUGAGUGCAAACAAAAAAUAUUUAAACGUCGUUGUCGUUGUAACUGUCCGAAACCAAGAACUAACGCAGUAUGCCAAAGCCGUGACGGUCUAUUACGCAGGAUAAAAGUAAUACAUCAAUAUAAAGAUGAUCAGUGCACUUGUGAAGCUAAGUUUUAUAUCCAAUCUUCCCGUGUUCGUUGUUAUGAACCUCCGAAAUUAAUAAAAAUCGGUAAAUGUCAUAAACUACCACAAAACGAAUCGAUUUAUGUAAACAAGAAUGAUCUAUAUCGAAACAUAUUUUGGAGUAAAUUACGUCGCGUAGGAUGCCAAUGUCAGUAUCAACGAUUUAUGGAACAAACUCCAUGUUAUUGUUCACCUGAUAUCAAAGAAGAAAUUCAAUGUAUCAAUGACAGAAUUUUGGAAAUCCGAAGAACUGGAAGAAAACUCAGCGAAGAUAAAAAACAAUGUAUACGUAUAGUCAUAUCUAAAGUUCGUAGUCCUAUACAUCUUGGCAAACUUGAAUAUAACAGAAAAUGCAAUCCUAAAACUGGGAUUGAAACAGUAGUGCGAAAAUUACCAUAUGUUGAAAAUUGUAAGCGACGAUAUCGAAUUAACGUAAUUCAUCGUAAAUGCAAAUGUAAUACUAAACCUCGUCUUAUCCGGCAAUCGCAAUGUUCACCGGAAUGUAAAGUACGAGAUACAUGGCUGAUGGAGAAGAUAACACCAGAGGGUCAAUGUAAAUUUUAUUAUCGUGUUCAAGAGAAAUCAUGUUGUUGCCCAACUGAAGUUAAUUUAGGCACAUUUUGUAAUCGUUCCAUUGGUUUACUGGAAACUGGUUACCGAAUCUUUAAAUUAAUCGAUGGAAAAUGCGUAUCUAAAGAUAGGUUUGAUGGAAAACAAAUUGUUUGCAAACCGAAUGAAAGAGUAGUGAAACAUCAACAGCCAAACGGUUGGGUACGAAUUGAAAAACAAUUUAAUGUACGUGAUGGAUGUAAUUGUGUUCGGAAGUUCGUUGUUGAUUAUGAUAAAUGGAAUUGUCCUCCGCCAGUAACCCAGCGUCGAUGUGUCCAAGCCAACAGUGAACAAUUCGUUCUUGAGACUGUUUCGACUAAGUGGAAAUUAUCAGAUAGUAAACCAAUAUGUUCGCGUUUAGAUACAAUCAUUGAUCGAGUUCCGAUUGAUUGUUCUGAAGAAUAUGUGAAUAAGUCAGAUAAAUGUGUAAUGAAUGUUGGUCGACAUGCUACAGUUCGUAUUGAUCAAGUGACAACAUUUCAUGCUGAUGGUUGCCGAUGUAUUGAGAAUAGUAUGCGUCAAGUAUUCACAGUUUGUAAAUGUUUGCGUCCACACAGAGAAAAGUCUUGUCUUUAUCCAAAGGGUAUUUUAAUUUAUCAAAAUGUUGAUUAUGAAGUUUCUGGCGAUAAAUCACGUUGUUUACCGCGUCGAUCGCGACGUGUAGUUAAGAUAACAUGUUCACCUGUUGGUCCUCAAUAUAAAGGCAGAACGGAAUGUGAUGCUGAAACCGGUAACUUUUAUCAUUUGUAUGAAGAAUUCAAACGCGUUGGUUGUCAUUGUUUGAAGAAGGAAAUACGUAUUCCUGGUAGAUGUAAAUGCCCUGAAAAACAAGUGGAAAUGAGAUGUUCAAGGAGAAAUGUUCAACAGCUCAAUAUAACAACAUAUGAAUUAAGUCCUAAAGGAACAUGUAUAAAAUCGGAUAAACUUCAAUACAAGUAUAUUAAAUGUUCAUUGGCCGAUAACCUUCUUGAAGAAUCGGCAGACUAUAGGAUUCAACAAAGCCAAUCUCUUAUAAAGCAUAUAUACAAGUGUGGUUCAGCUGGGAAAUGUAUGCGUAUUAUACAAGAAUACAAAACUUACACAAAUCAAAAAUGUAAAUGUAUCACUGAAACGAAACAAUACAGUGAGGCAUGUUGUUGUCCAACAGAACAUGACAUGAUUCAGCUUAAUUUGCCCGUAAAUUCUUCGUCGUCUAUAUCAGUCACUACACAGUGUGAUUCAGACAAAGGUUUAAUAUUGACUAAUACAAUCAGAUGGAAUCUUGAACAUGGUAAAUGUUGGCCAGUCGUUCAUAGAACAGUUUUUCCAGUCGUUUGCGAUCGGAAAGAAUUUUUCAAGCCAAUAACAGUUUGUCGUCAAGGUCGACAGAAAAACUUACAUCAACGUGAAAUAAGAGAAGGAUGCAGGUGUAAACUGGACAAACGUAUCGUCAUAAAACCAUGUGCUUGUGAUCCACUUGGCAGUGCAGAUGUCGUAUUUCUCGUAGAUGAAACUGUCAAGAGUAGACAAAUGAAUUAUUCCUAUUAUGUUAAAAAAGUAAUGAAAUAUACCGUGAACAUGUUUUACGAAUCAUCCCAAUCAUCAAUUACUGAUGAACAGUUUCGUUUUGGUAUAAUUCAGUAUUCAUUACAAGCGAGAAUUGUUUCCAGUUUAAGAAGUUAUCGAGGUUUAUAUGAACUUUAUGCUGAAAUAAAGAAACUAACAUUUAAUGGACAUCAAUCCGAUUUGAGAGCGGCAUUAAAUGCUGUAAAAAGUCAAAUCCUAGAACAAAUACGUCCUGGAACAUCACUAAUCAUAUAUAUAAUCACUGACGCUAUCGCAGACCAACCUACAGGUGUUGCGCAAUUAGCUGACUAUUUAAAAUCACAUAAUGUUCAAAUAAAUAUAAUAUUACUGAACUCAGAGAACACCUAUCAAAGAACUUUGUUCAAACAAUUAGUAUCUCCACCAGUUUCACUCCAUUUAGUUAGACUGCAAGGAACUCCUAAUAUAUUUGCAAGUCAUUUAAGUCGAAUAUCCGAUACAAUUUGCAAGAAGGUAUGUCCAGUUAACCACAAAAUGGAAAGUCAAUGUUCACGUCAAACAAACUGCAUUGGACACAUUUACAAUUAUGUGUAUCGCUACAAUCCAGUUAAAGGUCUGUGCAUUGGUAAAACAAUAGUCGAGCGUAAACAAUGCUGUUGUAUGAAAGAGGUACAACGAAAGACUACCUGUGAAAAUAAUCAUUUGAUUCAGUAUACAGAAAAUUGGCAGCUAACUUCAAAUGGAUUUUGUGAACAAUAUGUCACUAGAAGAGAUGUUACUGGAUUAGCGAUUAGCCAAUGCACACCAGCAAAUCAAACUUUCAUCAAGAGUUGCAACAUAAGAGGUGAAGCAGUUCAAGUUACAGUCUAUCGCUAUAUGAAGAAUUGUGAAUGCAAGACUAAGAAAAUCGAUAAAAUUGUUCGAUGUCGCUGUACGAAAAAGCAUAACACUAAAACUUGUUUCGGUGACGAUCUCAUUGUUUAUCAUUAUCACUUUGAACGACUCCUUGAGGGCGAAUGUUUACCCCAACGAAGAGAUGUACACAAAAAGUUGGCUUGUAAGCGUCCAAAAAUAUUCAAAUCGCCUUGCGAUCCAUUAACAUGUCAGCAGCGUGUAACAAUAGUCAACUAUGUUGCUCAAAGAUGCAAAUGUAAACGAUUUGUAACUGUCAAACAUCAAACAUGUUGCUGUAAAGGAAAUCGUACAUCAAAUUAUGUAGGCUGUAAACAUAAUGAUAUAAAAGUUUUUGAAGAGAAAAUAGUUGAUCCUGAAGUUCAUUCUGGUUCUUGCAUUCAACGAGUUUCUUAUUAUUUUCAACCAAUAACUUGUCCGAGUAAACCAUCAUUAACCUAUCAUAGUUGUCGGCGUUUCAAUGUUGAAGCUGCUGAGAACCAAGGAAAUUAUGAAAUUGAUAAAGUUGAUCCUGGUCUUAUCUACAGAUUAGUUGAAAAAGUUAAAUGGAAAAUCCAAGAUUGUGAUUGUCGUAGAUAUUAUGAAUCUUAUUUUGAAGCAUGUGGUUGUGAUGAAUCGUCAAUCAUUAGUAACUCUGUGAGAACUAAGCAUAAAUGUGAUCAACAAACUGGAGUGUUAAUGACUUACAGACAAAAAGUAAGAUUAGAAAUUGUUGGAAUUCCACAUGAAUAUACCAAAUUAAAUCGACUGAAUAAAUUAUCUGACGCUAUAUGUCGGCCACAUUAUGUAAUAGAAGCAGCAAGAAAAAUAAUCUGUCCUGAAACUAAAACUUCUGUUGGUCCAUGUGAACUUGCUGAAGAUGGUCGAUCAUACAGAGCAAUCACAGUGCAUAGAUGGAUGCGAUCCAACUGUGUCUGUCGAAAUUUGCCACCAAUGUUGAUAGAAAAACAAGUAUGCAGUUGUCUUCCUAUCCGAUUACAAACAAAAUGUAUUAGUGUAAGCAAUAAACUACAAAUUUAUGUUAUCAAAGAAAAGCUCAUCAAGACUAAAUUAUCGUCUGGUAAAUAUAAAUAUGAAUGUAAAAUAGAACAAACAAUGAAAGAAAAUAUUAUCCAAUGUCCAAAGAAUAUUCUCCACUAUUCCAAAUGCAAAGAAGGCAAAAUGAGAGUGACUGUCAAAAUUUACAAAGUUUAUAAUUGUAAAUGUCAGGAGUCUAUACGUCGUUUACAAGUACAGUGUAAUAAACCUGAAAGAUUAGAAAAUAUCAAACAACUUCAACCUAAAGCGUCCAGACAAAUAUUAACUACAGUAGAACAGAUAAUAGAUUGUAUAGAUUUACUUCCUGCUGAAAACUGUUUACAAAUCAGUCGAUCAUCACGACGUAUCUGUGAGAAAUCUAGUCAAUUAUCUGAUUUAUUAUGUCGUCGAACAUGUCGUCGUUGUUUAGGUUGUGAACUGAACAACAUUAGAUAUCGAAUGAUCAAUGCAAAUUAUCCAUGUGCUGAAGACAAUCAACAUGUUUUGAAAAACUUUCUGAUUAAAUCUAUUCCAAUGACCCACACAUUAGCCUCCUGCAAAUUAGCCUGCGCCAAUCAAACUAACUGCCUAAGUUUCAUUUAUUCCAUGUCGAGUGAAUUUGAAUUAAAUGAAAUUGAUAAAACUACCAAUUGUAUGCUAUAUAGAGUCGACCUUUCAGCCAUUAAGCAACAUGAAUAUGAACAACACCAACAACAACAACAGAAUUCGAUUGAUAUCGUUUUUAAACCGAUUGAACAGCAACUUGAUCCAUUCUUCUCGCCUAUUAAUUUCCAAAAAUGUUUGGCAUUCAGAAAAAUUUGCAAACACACUUGUCCAAGUCCGAAGUUAACCGAGAUUUCCAAAUGUGAAUGUAAAGUCUACAAAAACUAUUAUGGCUAUCCUUCAGAGUCGUCGAAGUUUAAGACUUCUUUACACUGCUCAAAACUUAUCAGUGUUCAAUAUUACACUCAAUCGAAAUCGGGUGUUUGUCAAAAACAACACUGGCAAGGCUAUACUCCCUGUAGCAAUCCGAGAUAUCGUGAUUUACCUAUAACGAAUCUAAAUAACUGUGAUAAUCUGAAAUCAACUUUAUGGUGUGAAGCAGAACUAGCAGACGAUCAACGGAAGUGUAAAGAUGAUGUUUUCAGCAGGUUAUGUCCUAAAACAUGUGGCCUUUGUACCUGUUAUGGUGUAAAUGUAUUCAACGGAGAAUGUAAUUCAACUGGAUACAAAUUAGAUACUCAUAUAAUUUAUAAAUCUCAUCCAGUUAAUCGUAUAUGCUUUAUUGAAAUUAAAAUGCGUUUGUCAGUUUGUGAAUACUGUCCUAUUGGAACCUUUGAGUAUGUACACAAAUGUAACAAACUAACUAGAUCACGUACAAUCAACCAAAUCACCGCUCAGCUUAUUACAAUACCGUCAAAAAUAAACGGGAAACCACAAUUCAAAUGCUCAAUUCAAACAAAAAAUUAUAAAUUUGAAUGUGGCAAAUGUUUAGCUGCAUAUAGAGAUAAAUAUUCAAUAACUUCCUGCAAAAAAUUGACAGUCGAAUCAACACCAAUGAAAUCUGUUUAUCAACUAAAUUUGAUUACAGAAUAUGUGGUCGAUGAGAAUGGAUGUUGCAGAACAAAGCGAACGGAAAGAAGAUUUAACUGUGUUAAUUGUCCAUCUCCCCGAAUUAAACUUAGUCCGUGUUACAAUAAGCAAAGAUUGAAACACAUUAUAUUCUACACUCGACCAUGGGUUACUUCAUCCUUAAAACCAAGUGAAUGUAUUCAACAAAUCAUAACUAAACGAGAGAGGUGUUCAAUAGAUCAUCAAUUCCCUAAAGACGAAUGUCGUGAUUCAUUAACACUUAUGGAUUGUGGUGUGUUUAAACAAAGUAGAAAAUGCCAUCUGAAUUCAGAGGAAGCUCGUAGUCUAUGUGCCAAAACAUGCGGCUUCUGCGAUUGA